GAGCAUCCUGGAUGAACCAGACUCUCCUCUAGAGGUUAGAAAGAUGAUGCAUCACACACGCCCUCCCGAACUUAUUGUAAUAAUUUUAAUCAUCUUGUAUUUUAGUGAGUUUGUGCCGUCCUUUCUUUUUCAGCACCAUGGAGAGCAACAUGGUGUGUUUUUAAAGGCGUGUUGUGUUAUUCAGUGUGACAGGAAAGGGCCCCCAUACUUUGCAUGCUGUUGAUAUCUGUUGAAAUGCUUAUAUUCACGUUUAAAUUGUAUUAUAAUUAAGCUUUUUUUUAAGUAGAACACGAUUGCAAUUUAAUUCCAACCUUGAUUCGUUCUUUUCAGCCUUUUCACCUCUCUCUUCUUACACAUGUUCUGCAGUUUUGCUUUCUGAACUGAAUGGGCCGCUGUUGCCUAGUCUGUUGCAGUUGACGUAUAUUUACAGCAGUACCGCCCCUUCAUUUCGAUGUAUUAGAGAGAAUGGGCAGACGCAGAUCGCAUUGUCUUCUGUAGAGGGAUCUAUAUACACGACAAGGCAUAACGUUCAUCUUUUCGCUUCAAAUUUGAGGAUUGUAUUUGUUCCACUUUUAAUUUGAAUGAGCGUCCAUCUUUCUGACGGAUUUUACAAGGUUGCGGUUUCUUCUUGCCGAGAUAAUUUCAAACAAUGAGACGGCAAGUACUGUUGUUUAUCUCGAUCCUCUCUUUUAGUUUAGUCUUCGGCCAGGUCAGCUACUCUAUUCCAGAGGAAAUGGUGAAAGGCUCUUUGGUUGGUAAUAUAGCUCAGGAUUUAGGUUUAGACGCCAAACGAUUGAGGUUAGGUAACGCUCGUGUUUAUUCUGGUGAUAGCAGAGAAUACAUCGAGUUGAAUAGCGAAAGAGGAGUCCUCCUUAUCAAAGAGAGAAUAGACAGGGAGGCGUUGUGCGGUGAUACGACACCAUGUGCCGUGCAUUUUCAGAUUGUGUUAGAGAAUCCCAUGGAAUUUUACAGUGUGACGGUUGAAAUUACAGAUAUAAACGAUAACGCACCAACCUUUGAAAAAAACGAAAUUAAAUUCAUAAUUAGCGAGUCUGCAGUUGUCGGGGCCAAAUUUGAUUUAGAAAGAGCGGUUGAUUUAGAUGUAGGUACUAACACUCUCCAAAGCUACGUUCUCAAGCCAAGUGAUAAUUUUUUACUUAAACUGCACAACCAAGCCGAUGGUACGAAGAACGUUGAGAUGAUCUUGCAAAAACCUCUGGACAGAGAGAAAAAUGAGUUUAUUUCUUUGGCAUUGACGGCUGUAGAUGGAGGAGAACCGCAGAUGUCAGGGACAAUGCAGAUCCUCAUCACCGUGUUAGAUGUCAAUGACAAUGCACCUGUUUUUACACAGCCGAUAUAUAAAGGCAGUGUAGCUGAGAAUGCUGCAAAGGGCACGAUCGUUACCACUGUCAGUGCUUCCGAUGCUGAUCAUAAAUUAAAUGGUAAAAUAUCGUAUUCAAUCACAAACACUUUAGAUGACGUCAGACACAUGUUUGACGUAAAUGAGGACAGCGGUGAGGUUAGGUUGACUGGACAUUUGGAUUAUGAAAAGAAACGAAACUUUCAGAUAAAUGUCCGCGCAAGGGAUAACGGGGGACUAACUGAUUCUUGUAAAGUGAUUGUCGAUGUCGUCGAUAUGAAUGACAACGAACCACUGAUUAAAUUCAUGUCUAAAUCCGCUGUUAUAUCAGAGAGCGCAAACCCCAACACAGUCGUUACAAUGAUUAACAUCCAAGACCCAGACUCAGGUGAGAAUGGUAAAGUUCAGUGUUUUAUAAGUGAGAAUAUUCCUUUCGUUUUAAAAUCGACUUCAAAUAAUUUCUAUAGUUUAGUUACUGACAGUGAUUUAGACAGAGAGAGAUCCUCUGAGUAUAAUAUAACUGUGACCUGCUCUGAUGAGGGAGUGCCCUCC